UGAGGAUAAGAUUAUGUAUGAAGAGAAAUAGAAGUGAGGGAAGGAGAGUGGUCACUCUGCUUCAGCCAUGAGUUGUUCCAUAGCAAUACUAAAUUCUAUAUCCACUCCUUAUUUUAAUAAAUGUUGUACAAGAAGCUUAUUUAACUGGAAUUUUGGGAAAAAUAACAAGACUGAUGAUAAGCCACAAUUUACAUAUCAUGAUCUUGAUCUCCCUUUUCCUCCUUCCCUCCUCACCAAAACAUUCUUGAAAGGAAGGGAACUGAAAUGCUGCUAUAAGGCAUCAGUGGAUGGAUUUAGUGCAACUGAAUUCCAUAACAGAUCUGAUUUCAAAGGACCAUGUGUGAUCAUUGGUUACACAACAAAGGCCUUUAAGUUUGGAGCAUUUAAUCCAGAAGGCUACAGAAGCACAGAUGAUUAUUACGACACUUUUGAUGCAUUUCUCUUUUAUUGGGAUGAAGAUGUUGAAAAACCAAUAAUGUUGCCUAAAGUAGGGGGAAGUGGUGCUGCUCUAUUUGAUUAUGCUAGAGGAGGUCCACAGUUUGGUGCUGAUGGAUUGCUCAUUGGUCCUCCAUUGGCUCCUGUCAUGGGUGGAUUUGCUGGACCUGAUACGAAUUCUGGGGUUGGUGAUUUAAGGCAAGCUAAGUCAAGAUUGGGACUUUCUUAUGCUAAAAGGCCUGAUGGUAAAGAAUCAUUGUUUGGAGAUGAGUCUAAGGCUGUUAUUGAUGAAGUUCUUGUGUUUUGUAGUCCUCAAAUUGCUAGCUUAUAUUGAUUCUUCUUGUUUUCCAUGAAGUUUU